GGAAAGACAGCCCUCGUUGAAAGGUAAAAUGAUUAUUAAAAGUUUGGCAAUGGCAUUGGUUGUUGGAGUACUGAUCAUUUGUACCGUUGAUGGUCAAUUGCUAAAUAAUGGGAGAUCUUCAAGCUUCAAACAUCUCACCGGAGUUCAACCAACUUCAACCCAAUUGCCGCGGACCCCACUAGCUGCGAAAAUGACCGCAAAGGUGGCCAGCAACAUCGGCGCUGAAUCGAUGCAAUAUCGCCAUUACAAACGACCCCACGAAGACGACGCAGAUGAUGAUGAUCAAUAUCGUGAUCGUGAUUAUGACAGCAGCAGCAGCAGUGAUGCCAGGAAGCUACCCACUGGGGUCAGUGGGCCGGUGCAUACUUACAUCAAGACGGACAAAAAUGCCAACUUCAAAUGGGGCGUAAGGCACUUUGCUGGGCGGCGGUACCGGGGAUGAAAGAAGCAGGCGAGGUCAACGGUUGAUGAAGAGCUGACCGUCGAGGUUCGCACAUAUUGUGGAAUCACCGCUGCUGGGUUGUUUAUUGUGGCGAUUAUUAUUAAUGAACAGCUUUUAGCAUUAUAUACAUAACAGCGCCGAAGAGUGUAUAAUAUAGGCAGCUUUUGCUUCCUAGAGUGAAUCAGCCAGUUUUCGAAUAAAGUUGAGGGCUUAAAGUUCAGUGCAUGCCAUUCGGCAGCAUGCCAAUAUUAAGUUAAACUACCCUAAUAAACUGAUUUAAGUCGCACCGCUGCUCAUCCAUAGG